UCAAUUAACAAGAAAAAUAGAUUUCUCUAUUAUAUGAGAAAGUAUAUCAUGCCAUGCACUUUGUUGCUUCACUUGCAAAAUUCACAAUCAUCCACUAAUUCGAUUCAUUCCCUUUUUCCCUAUUGAGUUUCAUUUCUUCUCAUCAUCAAAAAUCGAAACCUUCCUUUCUAAUUUCAUUUCAUUUGUAAAUAUAAGCUUGAUAUAUUCAUUCAGUUGGUUCUAUUAUUAGUUAGAGACAUAUAUGGAGCCUAAUAACUACAAUUCUUGUUCUAAUGUUGUUGUCACUGAUGAUGAGAAGAAGCCAUUAUUAGAAGAGAAAAAGAUGGGUACAAUAAUAAGAUACAAAGAAUGUCUGAAGAACCAUGCAGCUUCACUUGGUGGCAAUGCAACUGAUGGAUGCGGCGAAUUCAUGCCCUGUGGUCAACAAGGUACCAUUGAAGCCCUCAUCUGUUCUGCAUGCAAUUGCCAUAGAAACUUUCACAGGAAAGAGAUUCAAUCUGAAGCUCAUCAUCAUCAACAUCAAGUGGUGAAGCAUAUUUUUGCACACUCAUCAAUUAGUCUUUCUGAUCAAUCUUAUGAUCAUGAUCAUAACGACAAUAAGGAUUAUUGUGAAAAAGGGGGGGUGCGGAUGAAGAAGAGGUUCAGAACAAAGUUCACACAAGAACAGAAGGCGAAGAUGCUCGAUUUCGCGGAGAAGGCCGGAUGGAAGAUACAGAAGCUAGAUGAAUCUAUGGUGAACAAGUUUUGCCAAGACCUUGGGAUCAAGAGAAGGGUACUCAAGGUUUGGAUGCACAAUAACAAGAACACUUUUGCUGCGAAGAAUAAGAAGAAUCUUUCUACAACCACCUAGAUGAUAAUAAUGAGUCCAAUUUCUUGGAGUCAUGGUUGAAUUCUCUCGGUGUGACUUUAAGAUUAUGGAUUUAAAAUAUAAAAAUAAUCACUGAUAUAAUUAUCAAAUUAUAUUGUA